AUGGCUGGCCACCAGAACAACACGUUAUUAAAAUCAUUAUGGGGGCUUACAUUACUUCUUAUGAUCUAUUGGAAGAUCCCAUGCACUUUGAGCCUCAACUACCGACUUACGUCAAUGCUCAACGCUUGUGUACAGAGCUCUUAUCGAGUUAUCGAUUCUGUAGAAUUUAUUAAACAGGAUAAUAUAAACACGGCAGCGUAUGAGAUUGGCUAUCUGAAUUUUAUAAUAAUGGAUAAAUAUCGAAAAAUGGUCGACAAGUACAAUUCCAGUUCAAUUAAUAAAUAUAGGAAUUAUGUCAUGGAAAACUUACUUUUUCUUGAGGACAUUGAGCUUUAUUAUUUUGAAAUCGACCAUCUAAGAGGCAUGCUUCAUGAACUUGAAAGAAAAUAUAAUAUAACUACAGAUUUCGACACCAUAUACUAUGAGAAGACCAAACUAGAAAUUGAAAGAGAGAAAUAUGCAAAGUAUCUUGAUACUGCUAAUCAGGGGAAAGGUAAAGGUAAAGGGAAGGGGAAAGGGAAGGGGAAAGGAAAGGGGAAAGGAGGUAUAGAUGGUGCUGGUGAGGAUGGGGAUGGAGGUUCAGAUCCAUUCGGAGAAGUACGACCUACUCCGCCAAUGCCUAAAAGUGAUAAAGAGAAAAAGAAGAGAUUGCGGAUGUACAAGCAUAAUUUCGACCUGUACGUUUAUAAUAAGCUGAAUCCCACAACUACGCCUAAACCAUCGCCUUGGCCCAUCGAGUACGGCUGGGAAAUUGAUUAUCAUUGGUAG